AUGAGUUCACUAGAAGAAAUUGAAAACAUUCAAACAUUGUUUAGCUACCAGCAUUCAUUUAUAACUUUUAAGAUCAUUUCAACUGCCUGUGAACUGGGUGUCUUUGAUCUGCUGAGAGAGUUGAGGGAACAGCUGUCUUCCACAACUAUUGCGGAACGCUUGAGCACCAGCCCCAUCGGGAUGCAGAGACUGCUGGAGGCCUGUGUGGGGUUAAAGCUCCUGACACUGGAGUGCAAAGAUGGGAAAGAUCUUUAUGGAAACACAGACUUUACCAAUCUCUACCUGGUCAAAUCAAGCCCAAAGUCUCAGUAUUAUUCCAUGAAGUUCUAUUCUGAAGUUAUGUAUCCAUCAAUGCAACAUUUACCUGAUGCUGUGAGGAAAGGAAAAAAUCAGAUUUUACCAAUGUAUGGCACUCCCAACGCUUUUGACGUCAUUUACAGAUCAAAAGAAGAGUUACAAACCUCGUGCGGUUUUUUUAAUGAGCUCUGGCCUGUCCUAGGAAGAGAAGUGCUUUCUGCCUUUGACCUGUCCCAGUUCCCACUCAUUUGCGAUCUAGGUGGAAACACUGGUGGCUUAGCUAAGGAAUUGAUUUCACUCUACCCAAGAUGUACUGUGACCAUUUUUGACCUUCCUAAACUAGCAGAAGCCUCCAAGAACCAUUAUUUGCCUUCAGGAGAGACCCGGAUCACUUUCCAUGCAGGUGAUUUUUUAAAAGAUCCCAUUCCUGAAACAGACCUGUACAUUUUGGCCAGGACUCUGCAUGACUGGUCAGAUGAGAAAUGUCUGCAGCUGUUACGCAAAGUUUACCAGGCCUGCAAACCUGCUAUCAGGAAUCCUUCUAAACGUGUUGUAAAAAUGAUUGCGUUGAUAACUAAUAGUCUGUUCAUGGUGGAAGAAUAUAAAAACAAGCCAACUUCCUGUACUUGCCAACAAAUUUCAGAUUGCUAA